AUAUCUUCAUCAAGUAUUCAAGAUGGUGGUUUUGAAAGGGGUUCCACGUAUUUUAUCACCUCAAUUGCUAUAUGCCAUGUCUCGCAUGGGUCAUGGCGACGAGCUGGUUUUAGCUGAUGCAAAUUUUCCAUCAAGUUCAAUUUGCAACAAUGGACCAGAAGAGAUACGAGCUGAUGGUCAUGGUAUUCCAGAGUUGCUCGAAGCAAUAUUAAAGUUUUUUCCUUUGGACACCUAUGUUCCGUCACCAGCACUUUUAAUGGAAGUCACACCAAGUGAUGUUCAAAAAGGAAUGAAAUCACCAACCAUUUGGGGUGAUUACAAGCAAAAAAUAAACAAAGCUGAAGGCCAUGAGAUUUCGGUUGGGACAAUUGAAAGAUUUGCUUUUUAUGAAAGAGCAAAAAAAUCUUUCGCCGUUGUAGCUACUGGAGAAACAGCUUUAUAUGGGAAUAUAAUUCUUGUAAAAGGAGCAUUACCACCUGAAUAAGUCUUGGCAGAAAUUCUAAGAAUUACACCAAUUACUACAAUUAC